UUUUUUUUUCCUCUUUAAUCAUCAAAAAUGCUUCGUUCAGCAUCUCGAUUAUUUGCUACUAAGCGUAUGGUCGCUAUAAAUCCCAUGCGUGCUAUGUCUACUAGUAUGCCUCGUUUUUCGGAGGAAAAGUUGACAAUUGCAUUACCUGAGUCUUCUUUCGAAACUUAUAAUUGUGAGAAACCCGGUCUUGAAGUUGAAAUUACUAAGGAUCAAUUAAUUGAUAUGUAUACUAAGAUGGCUACUAUGAGACGUAUGGAGACAGCAGCUGAUGGUCUUUACAAGGCCAAGAAAAUUCGUGGUUUCUGUCAUUUAUGUAAUGGACAGGAAGCUGUUUCUGUUGGUAUGGAAGCUGCCAUCACUCAAAAUGAUCAUGUCAUUACUGCUUAUCGAUGCCAUGGUUUUACUUAUCUUCGUGGUGGAUCAGUUGAAAGUAUUUUAGCCGAGUUAAUGGGUCGUAGUACUGGUAUUUCAAAGGGUAAAGGUGGUUCUAUGCACAUGUUUGCUCCCUCAUUUUAUGGUGGUAAUGGUAUUGUUGGCGCACAAGUACCCUUAGGAGCUGGUGUUGCUUUUGCACAAAAGUACCUUGAAAACCCUUCAGUCACUUUUGCACUUUAUGGUGAUGGUGCAUCCAAUCAAGGUCAAGUAUUUGAAGCCUAUAAUAUGGCUAAGCUUUGGGAUCUCCCAUGUGUCUUUGUCUGUGAAAACAAUAAAUAUGGUAUGGGUACCUCUGCUAAUCGAUCAUCUGCAUCCACUGAAUAUUAUAAACGUGGUGAUUAUAUCCCUGGCCUUAAGGUGAACGGCAUGGAUGUUCUUUCAGUUUAUAAAGCUUGUCAAUAUGCUAAGGAAUGGACAACAUCUGGAAAGGGUCCCCUUGUCAUGGAAAUGUCUACCUAUCGUUAUGGUGGUCAUUCUAUGUCUGAUCCUGGCACCACAUACCGAACACGUGAAGAAAUUCAACAUAUGCGUUCUACUUCUGAUCCUAUUAUGGGUAUGAAGCAUGUCUUGAUUGAACAUGGAUUGGCUACUGAAGCUGAUCUCAAGAAUAUUGAUAAGGAAGCACGUAAGUUGGUCGAUGAUGCACUUAAGAAGGCAGAAGCAGCCCCUGAGCCAUCUACAUCUGAAUUCUUUACUGAUAUUUAUAUUCCUGGUUCUGAACCUUCUUCAGUUCGUGGACGUGAACCCAACGAAAUUUACCAUUACUAAAUGACUCUUCCUUAUAUAUACAUAUAUGUAUAUACAUAUUUAAAUAUACACACUGAAAUCCUCAGGCUAUAUAUAGAUAAAAAUAAUGAUACUUUUACCAAAAAAGAAAAGGAGGCGUACGAAAGUAUUUAAAAAUUGUUUUAUUUUGUAUUGCUUUCAUUUUGUUAAUAUUUUUUUUUGCUUCAUAACAAUAAAAGAAAAAACUCUUAAAAAAAUAA